AUGAGUUACCAGAGCUUGGGAGAUAGCCAAGGAGGCGGCUACGGCCAAUACAACCCCUAUGGCGGCCAACAGAACCCUUACGGCAGCCAACAGGGCUACGGUUAUGGAGGAGGCUACGGUCAGGCCGGUGCCAUGGAGCAGGGAAAUGGUGGCUAUGAGAUGUCGAGCAUCAACCAGUCCUCCGGCGGUCCGACCGCGAUUCUGAACAAGUGCAAGGAGAUCAACGACGGGAUUUCUCAGCUGCGUUCAAAGCGCGAAGGCCAGCUGGUGGCCGCCCAGAAUGCCCUGCUGGAUUCCAGCACAGGCAAGGAGGACCAGGCUUCGCGACAGGGUCUGGACUACAUUGAAGAUGAUAUCAACACCGCCUUCCGCUACCUGCGCGACCAAUUCAAGCGCGUAAAGGAGACCCCCGGGUCUGGAGACCCCCGCGUACAGGGCCAGGUCGAGAACACCAGCCGGAACCUGCGCCGCGAGAUCGAGCAGUAUCAGCGCGCACAGUCUGACUUCCGCAAGCGCUUGGAGGAGCAAGUUCGUCGACGAUACGAGAUCGCCAACCCGGAGGCCACGCCGGAGGAGCUGGAGCAGGGUGUGCAGAAUGUGUUGUUGGGCCAGGAGCAGAGCUUUGUCGUUCCCGGCGCUCGAACUCGCCAAGCCAACGAUGCUCGUCAGGCUACUCUGCAGCGUUCUGCCGCCAUCCGCAAGAUCGAGCAGGAUAUGAUCGAACUCAGCAACCUGUACCAGGAGGUCGCUGAACUGGUGCACAUCCAAGAACCCAUGAUCGAGAACAUCAACCAGGGCGCCGAAGAGACCCACCACAACGUCGAGCAGGCCAACACCAAGCUUGACGACGCCAUCCAGAGCGCCAAGAAUGCUCGACGGUGGAAGUGGUACGCGUUGAUCAUCAUUAUCAUCAUCAUCGCCAUUGUCGUCGGUGUUGCCGUCGGUGUCACGGAGGCCAACAAGAGCACGCACUAA